GUCCAUGCGCCAUUGGGAGGGCCGCAGUAGCUGCUCUGUGCCCUUGUUGCCGAGGGCCUCUUCCUGGGUCACUCCUGGAGCAGGGGCCGGACUGGGGCUGACACCGGGGCUCCGGCGUGGCCCUCUCGGCGCCCGUGUGACCUCCUCGCCGGCGGGAUGUGGCGACUACGCCGAGCCGCCGUGGCCUGUGAGGUCUGCCAAUCCUUAGUGAAACGUAGCUCUGGAAUCAAAGGAAGCUUACCACUACAAAAACUGCAUCUGGUUUCACGAAGUGUUUAUCAUUCACAUCAUCCUACCUUAAAGCUUCAAAGACCCCAAUUCCGGACAUCAUUUCAUCAGUUCUCCUCUUUAGCUAACCUUCCGUUACGUAAAUUGAAGCUUUCUCCAAUUAAAUAUGGCUACCAGCCUCACAGGAAUUUUUGGCCAGCGAGAUUAGCUGCAAGACUCCUAAAACUUCGAUAUCUCAUACUAGGAUCUGCUGUUGGCGGUGGCUAUACAGCCAAAAAAACUUUUGAUCAGUGGAAAGAUAUGAUACCUGACCUCAGUGACUAUAAAUGGAUUGUGCCUGACAUUGUGUGGGAGAUUGAUGAGUAUAUUGAUUUAGAGAAAAUUAGAAAAGCACUUCCUAAUUCAGACGACCUUGCAAAAUUGGCACCUGACUUUGAUAAAAUUGUUGAAAGCCUCAGUUUACUGAAGGACUUUUUCACCACAGGUCACAAAUUGGUUAGUGAAGUCAUAGGAGCUUCUGACCUACUUCUCUUGUUAGGUUCACCUGGAGAAACAGCAUUCAGAGCAACAGAUCACGGAUCUGAAAGUGACAAGCAUUAUAGAAAGGAGGGUCUGCUUGGUGAGCUCAUUCUCUUACAACAGCAAAUUCAAGAGCAUGAAGAGGAAGCGCGCAGAGCCGCUGGCCAAUAUAGCACAAGCUAUGCCCAACAGAAGCGCAAGGUUACAGACAAAGAGAAAAUUGACCAGCUUCAAGAAGAACUUCUGCAUACUCAGUUAAAGUACCAGAGGAUCUUGGAACGAUUAGAAAAAGAGAACAAAGAAUUAAGAAAAUUAGUAUUACAGAAAGAUGACAAAGGCAUCCAUCACAGAAAGCUUAAGAAAUCCUUGAUUGACAUGUAUUCUGAAGUUCUUGAUGUUCUAUCUGAUUAUGACGCCAGUUACAAUACACAAGAUCAUCUGCCAAGGGUUGUUGUGGUUGGAGAUCAGAGUGCUGGAAAAACUAGUGUGCUGGAAAUGAUUGCCCAAGCACGGAUAUUCCCUCGAGGAUCUGGGGAGAUGAUGACACGUUCUCCAGUUAAGGUCACUCUGAGUGAAGGUCCUCACCACGUGGCCUUGUUUAAAGAUAGUUCUCGGGAGUUCGAUCUUACCAAAGAGGAGGAUCUUGCAGCACUAAGACAUGAAAUAGAACUCCGAAUGAGGAAAAAUGUGAAAGAAGGCUGUACUGUUAGUCCUGAGACCAUAUCCUUAAACGUAAAAGGCCCCGGACUGCAAAGGAUGGUGCUUGUUGACUUACCAGGUGUGAUUAAUACUGUGACAUCAGGCAUGGCUCCUGACACAAAGGAAACUAUUUUCAGUAUCAGCAAAGCUUAUAUGCAGAAUCCUAAUGCCAUCAUACUAUGUAUUCAAGAUGGAUCUGUGGAUGCUGAACGUAGCAUUGUUACAGAUUUGGUCAGUCAAAUGGAUCCUCAUGGAAGGAGGACGAUAUUUGUUUUGACCAAAGUAGACCUGGCAGAAAAAAAUGUGGCUAGCCCGAGCAGGAUUCAGCAGAUAAUUGAAGGAAAACUCUUCCCAAUGAAAGCUCUAGGUUAUUUUGCUGUUGUAACAGGAAAAGGGAACAGCUCUGAAAGCAUUGAAGCUAUAAGAGAAUAUGAAGAAGAAUUUUUUCAGAAUUCAAAACUCCUAAAGACAAGCAUGCUAAAGGCACACCAAGUGACUACAAGAAAUUUAAGCCUUGCUGUAUCAGACUGCUUUUGGAAAAUGGUACGAGAGUCCGUUGAGCAACAGGCUGAUAGUUUCAAAGCAACACGUUUUAACCUUGAAACUGAGUGGAAGAAUAACUAUCCUCGCCUACGAGAACUUGACCGGAACGAACUAUUUGAAAAAGCUAAAAACGAAAUCCUCGAUGAAGUUAUCAGUCUGAGCCAGGUCACACCAAAACAUUGGGAGGAAAUCCUUCAGCAGUCUUUGUGGGAAAGAGUAUCAACUCAUGUGAUUGAAAACAUCUAUCUUCCAGCUGCACAGACCAUGAAUUCAGGGACUUUUAAUACAACAGUGGACAUCAAGCUUAAACAGUGGACUGAUAAACAGCUUCCUAAUAAAGCAGUAGAGGUUGCUUGGGAGACCCUACAAGAAGAAUUUUCCCGCUUCAUGACAGAACCAAAAGGGAAAGAGCAUGAUGACAUAUUUGAUAAACUUAAAGAGGCUGUUAAGGAAGAAAGUAUUAAGCGCCACAAGUGGAAUGAUUUUGCGGAGGACAGCUUGAGGGUUAUCCAGCACAAUGCUUUAGAAGACCGUUCCAUAUCUGAUAAACAACAGUGGGAUGCCGCUAUUUAUUUUAUGGAAGAAGCUCUUCAGGCUCGCCUCAAGGACACUGAAAAUGCAAUUGAAAACAUGAUAGGUCCAGAUUGGAAAAAGAGAUGGUUAUACUGGAAGAACCGGACCCAAGAACAGUUUGUCCACAACGAAACCAAGAACGAAUUGGAGAAGAUGUUGAAGUGUAACGAGGAGCACCCGGCAUAUCUCGCAAGCGAUGAGAUAACCACAGUGCGAAAGAACCUGGAAUCCCGAGGGGUAGAAGUGGACCCAAGCUUGAUUAAAGAUACUUGGCACCAAGUUUAUAGAAGACAUUUCUUGAAAACAGCUCUAAACCAUUGUAACCUUUGUCGAAGAGGCUUUUACUACUACCAAAGGCAUUUUGUAGAUUCUGAGUUGGAAUGCAAUGAUGUCGUCCUGUUCUGGCGAAUACAACGCAUGCUUGCCAUCACUGCAAAUACUUUGAGGCAGCAACUUACGAACACUGAAGUCAGGCGAUUAGAGAAAAAUGUGAAAGAGGUAUUGGAAGAUUUUGCUGAAGACAGCGAGAAGAAGGUAAAACUGCUCACUGGCAAACGAGUUCAGCUGGCUGAAGACCUCAGGACACCUUCAGGGCUGUAUGAGGACCAAAUGAAAUGUGGGAUUUAAAAUCACCUCAAACAUAGUAGAUACUUCAUAGACUCAGCAUGAGGUAGGUAGGAAGUGAUCAAGGAAUUCUUCUCAAAGGCAGGACAGCAUUUGUGUCCCCAUAUCACUGCAUUAAGUACAUUGUAUAAAAUGAAGGAACAAAGAAAUGGAUUUUUAAAUUUAGUGUAAAAAGGGUACAUUUAUCACAGUUAUUCUUUUUUCUUUUUUUUGUUUUUUGUUUUUUUGUUUUGUUUCUUUAAGAGACAGAGAGAGCGAGCGAGCAUGGGAGCAGGGGAGGGGCAGAGGGAGAAGGACAGAGAGAGUCUUAAACAAGCUUCACACCCAGCACAGAGCCUGACGCAGGGCUCUGUCUCACAAGCUUGAGAUCAGGUCAUGAACGACAGUUAGAGUCAGACGCUCAACCGAGUGAGCCACCCAGGUGCCCCUUCUUUUUUCUUUUCACAUUCACCUCCACCGUCUCCUCUCUUCUCCUCUCCCCCCGUUACCUCCUAGUAACUUACUUAAAUGCCCUUUGUGUCAUUUUUGACAUUUCAGAGUAUGUUGGCACGGUGCCCUGAUAUUCUAGUUGAAAAUAUUUUGUAAAAACAGCUUUUUAAAAGGAAAAUUUGGCAAUUUUAUUCUGUGGUCUUCUUAUUAAUCAGACAGUCUUUUAACUUUUAUUUAGAAAAAAACAUAUCGCUUAUCUCUAAUUUUAUAAGAAUUUGAAUUUGAUUCAGACUCCACAGUUAGACACCUGCAUCAGAGUGGCUCUUGGUCUGUCAAUACAAGUAGAUCUUGCUCUGAACUCUCUCUUCUGAGUGAUGCUACUGAGCCACCCAGUCCCAGAUUGUGCAGGAUGGAGGUCAUGGGCAGGGCAGAAGGAUGGACAGAGCUGGCCCUGCUUGGACUCAGGUCGUGGAGCAAACAGUCAGAAUUCUUCUCAUGCAGUACACCUUUCCCAAGUAGUAUAGUUCAGUGAGAUGGUUAGAGGAACUGCCAUGGCUUUAAGUACCUGUUUUAGAUUUCCAUAUGUUGUGCUAUUUAAGCCAGAUGAUUUUUUUUUAUUUUUUUUUUAAUGCUUGUUUAUUUUUGAGAGAGAGAGAGAGAGAGA